AUGGCGUCCAACUUCAAAAGCUCACUGACCAUCGCCCACAUCGGAACCGCCACCGCAAUCAUCGACAUUGGCGGGAUCAAGUUCCUCACUGACCCUUUCUUCUCCCCCGCAGGCAAUGAAUGGGACCUCGGUAUCGUUCUGCUCAAGAACAGCGUCACGCCGGCAGUUGCCAUCGAGAGCCUGCCUCCUAUCGACGCUGUUUUGCUAAGCCAUGAGGACCACCCAGAUAACCUCGACGAACUCGGUCGCCGUAUCCUUGACGGCCGCCAUGUUCUUACAACGCCCGACGGGGCCACAAAGCUCGCUCCUCGCCCGGGUGUACGCGCUAUACAGCCGUGGCAGACUAUCACCUGGAGGAUAGCAGGCAAGGAGUUCGAAGUAACCGGCACGCCCUGCAAGCACCUCCCUGGCGGCGAAUGCACCGGCUUCGUGAUUACAGCCGGUGGUUUCGGUGUAGCUGCCGACGGCAAGCCAAACGCGAUCUAUAUCUCCGGCGACACCGUCUACAUCGAGGAACUCAGGCAGAUUGCGGAGCGAUGGAACGUCCUCGUUGCGGUUCUGCAUUUUGGAAAAGCAGAGGUUUCGACUCCCAAUGGAGUCCUGCAGCUUACGAUGGAUGGGAAGCAGGGUGCGCGGCUGUUUAGGGAGUUAGGCGCUGACAUUCUCGUCCCUGUGCAUUUUGAUUCGUGGGCGCAUUUCGCGCAGCAUGGCGAGGCACUGAAGAAGGAGCUUGAGGAUGAGGGAGUUGGUGAGAAGGUUCUGUGGUUGGAGCCUGGCAAGGCUACAAAGGUGCUUUGA